UGACAGAUUUCGAGUUUCAACAAAAAUCUUCAAAAUCAGUCGGCAUUUAGGUGACGCUACUUUCGUGUGAUACAAAAAAUUGCGAUUUUGACGAUUAUAUUUAAAUAAAUUGUUCAUUUCUGUGGAUUCCGAUCAACCCGGCACCAAGAUGUCUCUCAAAACAUAUGGCGACCGACCGGUCAGCUUCCAGCUGGAAGAAGGGGGUGAAUAUUUUUGCAUAGGAUCCGAGGUGGGCAAUUAUCUCCGCUUGUUUCGGGGUGUGUUGUACAAAAGAUACCCGGGAAUGUUGCGUAAAACACUCACGCCAGAGGAACGCAAAAGACUUCUAGAAACGGGCAUCAGUAAUCAAUUUUUGGCCAGCUCGGUUUCGCUGCUGAGGGCGUCGGAAGUGCAGGAAAUUUUGGACGGUAAUGACGAAAAGUAUAAAGCAGUGUCGGUGACUACCACCGAACCGCCGGCUCCCCGUGAAAGCAAGUCCAGUAAGAAGCAACCACCAUGGGUUCCAACCAUGCCCAACUCCAGUCAUCUGGAUGCUGUACCGCAAGCAACUCCUAUCAACAGGAACCGGGUUCACAAUAAAAAGAUUCGCACCUUUCCAAUGUGCUUCGACGAUACGGAUCCUACUUUGAAUAUCGAAAAUGCCGCACAAGCGGAAGUCCUGGUUCCGAUACGCUUGGAUAUGGAAAUUGAAGGGCAGAAGCUGCGCGAUACGUUCACAUGGAACCGUAACGAAUCCAUGAUUACUCCAGAACAGUUUGCGGAGGUUUUGUGCGAUGAUUUGGAUCUCAAUCCGACACCAUUUGUUCCGGCAAUUGCUGCCGCUAUCCGACAGCAGAUCGAAGCCUACCCCAGCGAGCCAAUUGUUCUCGAAGAGGGUUCCGACCAGCGAGUGCUGGUCAAGUUGAAUAUCCACGUCGGUAAUACAUCACUGGUGGAUCAGGUUGAAUGGGACAUGGCCCAAAAGGACAACAAUCCGGAAGAUUUUGCUAUAAAACUAUGUGCUGAAUUGGGAUUGGGUGGCGAGUUUGUCACAGCCAUUUCCUAUUCCAUCAGAGGACAACUUUCCUGGCAUCAACGUACGUAUGCCUUCAGUGAGGCACCAUUGGCCACAGUGGAGGUACCAUUCAGGGCUCCGAGCGAUGCUGAUCAGUGGGCACCGUUCUUGGAGACGCUCACCGAUGCCGAGAUGGAGAAGAAGAUCCGUGACCAAGAUCGCAACACGCGACGUAUGCGCCGGUUGGCCAAUACUUACACAUAAGAAUCUGAAUGUCAACAUUGAUAAUAUUUAGUUUACGUAAGCAUAUUAAGGUAAGUGUCGAUUUGUAUGUUCUACAUUAAGUGUGAUGGAAACAUAGUGUCUCUAAAUUGUAGAA